UGUUUAUUUCUUCCCCAACUUAUUUAGGGGCAGUGUAGAAGGGAUUGAUUAUGAUGGAAAGGAGCCCUCCUAUCUUAACAAUGCCGUUCCUUUCCAGGCACAGCUCUGAGUUCUCGCCCCUCAACCACAUGCACAACCCUGCAAGCCCAUCCUAGCCAUAAAAUGCACGCCUUCUGGGCUGAGGCAGUUUAUUCAAAUUGCCCCUCAUUUCUCCAUUUCCCCACUAAGCCUCUUAGAAGUAGAGGAGCUUCGCACACUCCUGCAGAAAACACCAGUAUAGGGGGUACUCUCAUUCAGAAUAGCACAGUACUAUAACUAGGGCCAGCUUGAGAUAUUUUGCUGCCUGAGGCAACAGGACAAGGUGCAUUCUGCCCUCUUCAUGUGCAAAAGUACAUGAAGUACCUACUGGACUGGUAGUUGAAUCUUAUUUCAGUACUGGCAGGGCCAGCUCCAUCAUUAGGCAAAAUGAGGUGGCUGCCUCAGGCAGCAGGUGCUGGAGGGGCAGCAUAGGCAGUUUCUCUCUCCCUCCAGCAGCUCCUCCUCCUAAGCUCCCCUGACAAUACUGCUCCUUUGGAGGACUUAACAAGGAAGUUACUUUGUCAACAGUGUCAGAAAAAAGAACAAAAGUUGCAUCAUGUCGUACAGCCAGAAGCAGUCCGCAGUAGCCUUUGGUCAGGCAGUGAUUGGGCCUCCUGGCUCAGGGAAAACAACUUACUGUCUUGGCAUGCAGGAAUUUCUUUCUGCAAUUGGGCGCAAAGUAGCUGUGGUGAACCUGGACCCAGCCAAUGAAGGGAUUCCUUACCAGUGCGCUGUGGAUAUCUCAGAACUUAUCACCUUGGCCGAUGUAAUGGAGAACUUGAAACUGGGACCCAACGGUGGCUUGAUCUAUUGCAUGGAGUAUCUGGAGGCCAACUUGGACUGGCUGCAGGAGAAACUGGCCCAGUUUAAGGGGCAUUACUUCUUAUUUGACUGCCCGGGACAAGUGGAGCUUUGCACCCAUCAUAGUUCAUUGAGAAACAUCUUUGCUCAGCUUGCUAAGUGGAACUUCAGGCUGGCAGCUGUCCAUUUAGUGGAUUCUCAUUACUGUACGGACCCCGGCAAGUUCAUCUCCAUUCUCUGCACUUCCCUCUCCACCAUGUUGCACGUAGAGCUACCCCACAUCAACGUCCUCUCCAAAAUGGACCUAAUCGAGCAGUAUGGGAAACUGGCCUUCAAUCUCGAUUAUUACACAGAGGUUCUUGAUUUGUCCUAUCUAGUGGAUCACCUGGCUACAGAUCCUUUCUUCAAGAACUACCAACACUUGAACAAGAAGCUUGUGGAAGUGAUUGAAGACUACAGCUUGGUUUCUUUUGUCCCUCUCAAUGUCCAGGAUAAGGAGAGCAUGCAGCGUGUGAUGCAGGCGGUGGACAAAGCCAAUGGCUACUGCUUUGGAGACGCAGAGCACAGAAGCCUUCAAGCCCUGAUGUCUGCAGCAGUGGGAGCCGAUUUCCACUUCACAUCCACAUUAGCAGUCCAGGAGAAGUAUGUGCAGCCGCAGGAGAAAACUGUGGAGCAGGAAACCAUGGAUGUGUAGCAUGCCUGCUGCAACUGUCCACUGCAGGUGGACAGCUCCUCCCAUCCAAGUUGGCUUCCCAUGUGUAUUAACCUGAAGCUGAAGAAGUACCCUGCAAGAUAUGGACUACCAAGAUUCAGCUUGUGCCUUUAGGUUCCUCCCACACAAUAACUUCCUUUCUGGUGUACUUGGGAGCCUCUGUGCUUGAGACAAAGAGGGGCCUCCCCAGCAAAAAAACAAGUUAGCAGUGAGCUGCGGUAUGGGCAGUUGCGAGGCACAGAAGAUGACCGGUGAAAUGGCAAAAGUAAUAGAAGUCUGCUGCCUGAAAGAAGUUUGCACCAAAGAUUGUCAGUGUGACCGCUCUGUUGUUGUUUUAUUGAGAAGCAUGGGAUUCUGUUAACUUUGUACAAUUGCAUAGGAGCUUGACUGUCUUCUCUUCUGCGGCCGCCAAUGCUCUGCCUCUGUUUGGCAUUUCAAAGUGUGUGGAGAUGACAAGCAGUGAUGCUGGGCACUAGGGACAGGAGCACCCUCAAAGCCUCCUGACUCCACUUGUUGUGACCCCCCCCCCCCGCCCUGUAAAUGCCAGGUUUUGGCCUUGGCCUUCUAGGAGAGUCCUUCUGGUGGAGGGACUGCUCAACCCAUACACUCUGUUUCAGACUUAUGUGUCUAUA